GUUAGUAAGCAGAAGAUCAUUUAUCAUCAAUUUGAUUGAGCAUCUGAGCGCACCUUUUGCCUUCGCUGCAAUCGAAGCUGACAAUCGUCGAUGUUUUCGCAGAGGAUAGCGCAGAGAUGCAAAAAGACUGUGGCAUCACUGGCCUGUCGCCGUUUCCCGACUUUGAGACCGUUUAUUUCCGGACCCUUGCGCUUGAAUGGCUCUACCUUUGCUUCGCAUACUGACAACUUGCGUUGCCAACCAAGAAGUUGUUGGUCUUCAUCGCACCAGUACGAUCAUUUCCUUCUUCGUCAAGUUUCGCGCCGUGGUGUGGCUGUCUGGUGUUAGAACUACAGACUUGUCAAGCAAUAAUUCGUCCGACGAAACUUUGCUGUAUGGAGCAACAUUCCGAUCUGUGCAGCUGUCAUGUUUCUUUCCUGACGUUGUCAUUGCCCUCAGCCCUAGGGUAAACGCAAUUGCAGCACUUUGUGACGAUCACGACCUGACGAGACAGGACGUACCGACUGAGACAGGAAGCUUAGGCGUGGAAGUGGGUUUGGCGGCAGAGACUGAGAACAAUGAAUAGUAAUGAGUAUAAACUGAUGUUGCUGACAAUGCUACA